ACCCCACCCCCCUUGCAAUUUAUCACCAGCUAUAUUUUUCAUGCCACCUACAACUUGCCUGUACUGUCCCUCUUUUCUUUUCUUUUCUUUGCUUCCUCUACAAUGCCCAUCAGCAGUUAUCUAACUCUUAAUCUUUAGCUCUUCUUAACAAUGAUUCUUUCAAAAAGUUUACUACUUUAUACCUUCUUAUCCUCUGUUUAUCUCCAUUGUGUGAUCUGUUCUUCAAACACUCAUCAUAUAGACAGUUUCUUGAUCUCUUGUGGGGAAGCUAACCCUGUUAGAUCAGAAGAUGGUAGGGUCUUUCAACCUGAUUUCAACAAUACCCAUGUCAGUAUUUCCCCAAUUUCUGACAUAAUUGUGUCCACUUCUCAAAUGGGUGUCCCCAAAAUGUUAUCUUCAGCUAGGGUUUUCACUACUAGUUCUAUUUAUACCUUUAGUACCAAGAAAACUGGUAGGCAUUGGCUCAGAUUGCACUUUUACCCUGUUAAGAACGCCAGAUUUGACCUUGAUUCUGCUGUUUUUUCUGUGGAAGCAAAUGGGAUUACAUUGAUUCAUGAGUUUUCAUUCUUUAGGGGGGGUAAUCAAAGUCAAAGUCAAAGUCAAAGUCGAAGUCAAAGUUACCAUCUUUUUAAAGAAUAUGUUGUUGAUGUUACUGGUUUAAGUUCUGGAAAAUUGGUUCUGGGAUUGUUGCCUUGGGAUAACUCGAUUGCUUUCGUUAACGGGAUCGAAGUAGUUUAUGUUCCGGAUAAGGUGUUCAGCUCGAAAGUGGUUCCGAUUCCGUUAGGGGUGGCUCGUGAGCUUCCGGUUCGUGUUGGUUUUGAAACUGUUUAUAGGAUUAAUAUGGGUGGGUCAAGAUUAUCACCCAAGAAUGAUUCUUUAUGGAGGAUAUGGGAAUCGGAUGUGUCUUUUCUUUUGAAUCCGGCUGCUGCGCGUAAUGUUUCUGUGAACCCUGAUUUGAUUCGGUUUCGUGAUGGGGUUUCGACUGACAUUGCUCCGAAUUGGGUUUAUGCUACUGCUGAAGAAAUGGCGGAUGCUCGUGUUAGUGACCAGAGGUUUAAUAUAUCGUGGCGGUUUGAAGUCGAACAAGGGUUUGGUUACUUUAUAAGAUUGCAUUUUUGUGAUAUCGUUGCGUCGAGAUUACAUGAUCUGGUGUUUAAUGUUUAUAUAAACAAUCAAUCGGCUAUCGAUUCUUUAGAUAUUUCACAAAGGGCAAGAGGGUUAUCUGCUGCAUAUUUUGUCGAUUUUUUCACUAAUGUAUCGAUGGGUUCGGAUAACAUUUUGGUUCAAGUUGGCCCGAAUCAUUUAACGGGUUAUUUACCGACUGCGCUUUUAAACGGUUUGGAGAUUAUGAAAAUGAGCAAUCCUAGUGAUAGUCUGGAUGGGAGACUCGGUGUGAAUCUUGAUUCGACCGACGUCAAAAAAAGCAAGAGUACACGAUUGAUGAUUGUGGUCCUUUCGUGUUUGGGUGGCGUUUUUGUGAUUGUCGUGCUGCUGCUAAUAUCGUUCAUGUGUUUCUUGUGUUGUCGUCGCAAAAAGAAGCCAAAAGAAGACGAUUCGUUAGGGUGGUCGCCUCUCCCGACGUACGUUGGUAACUCGGGAAACAAGUUUUCGUCAAGCACAUUCGGUUCCACCACGUGUUUACAUAGUUUAGGUCAAAUGAUAUCAUUUUCCGAAGUUCGUGAAGCCACCCGAAACUUCGACAAGAGCUUGCUAUUAGGGUCAGGCGGGUUUGGUAAAGUUUACAAAGGGGUUCUCGAAAACGGGCUUGUGGUCGCGAUCAAAAGGGGAAACCCGCGCUCUCAACAAGGUUUAGUAGAAUUCAAAACCGAAAUCGAGAUGCUAUCCAAACUGCGCCAUAAACACUUAGUCUCUCUAAUCGGCUACUGCGAAGAACUAAACGAAAUGAUUCUCGUUUACGAGUUCAUGGCUGGCGGACCCCUCAGACGACACUUAUACGGGUCAAACCUCCCUCCUUUGACUUGGAAACAACGGGUCGAAAUACUGGUUGGUGCUGCAAAAGGGCUGCAUUAUCUUCACACAGGCGUAUCGGAAACCAUCAUACACAGGGAUGUAAAAACAACCAACAUCUUGUUAGACGAGAAUCUAGACGCGAAAGUUGCCGACUUUGGGCUAUCGAAAUUCGGCCCGAGUUUGAAUCAAACCCAUGUCAGCACUGCAGUGAAGGGUAGUUUCGGGUAUUUAGAUCCCGAAUACUUUCGUAGACAACAACUAACCGAAAAGUCGGACGUUUAUUCAUUCGGGGUGGUGAUGCUAGAGGUUUUAUGCGCAAGACCGGCUAUAAACCCUGCUUUACCGCGAGAACAAGUGAAUAUAGCCGAAUGGGCCAUAAGCUGGCAAAAGAAAGGUGAAAUAGCAAAGAUUAUGGAUCCAAAUUUAAUGGGUAGAGUGAAUCUUGAAUCUUUAAAAAAAUAUUGUGAAACUGCUGAGAAAUGUUUGAGUGAAAAUGGGAAUCAAAGGCCAUCAAUGGGGGAUGUUUUGUGGAAUUUGGAGUAUGCUCUUCAGUUUCAGGGGGUAGAUGUGGGUGAUGCGGAUAGUAUGAGGGGUAUUUCGGAAAUUCCGGACCGGAUUCCGGAGGUUGAGAGUGUUGAUAUGGAGACUGUUAGUGAUCUUGAUCUGGAGUCGAAUGGUACCAUGAGGGAUUGAUUGAUUGAUAGUGUGAGUAUACUAUAGGCUAUAUUGGUUGUUUUGUAAUUUAUAUGCUUGAUUUGUUGUAUAAUGGUUUUGAAUGUUCAUUUGUUAUUAUAUAUAUAGGUAUAAAAACUAGGUGAUUGUUAUGUUUCUGAAACGAUAUAUAUGAAUUUCUUGAAUUAAAAUAGGGUAGAACAUUUCAUA